UUCUGAGGCUCCUGCUGCCCUCCAGCCUGCCAGAAGAGGGCUCAGUGGCUCCUCUGCCCCUGACGUUUGAGCCCCCUGGUCAGAAAGCGCCCUGGGUCAACUGGGGGUGACAACACUCGCCCACUCCCGACGUAAUUCUGUUUUAGAAAAUAAUAACGCACAGUAUCCUUCUACUGAAAACAGAAUCCGCUCUUUCCCUUGGUUGUCUGGCCCUUCGGGGAGGGCUGGGCGAACCAGUCCUGGAGCCAUUUCCUCCAAACUGGAACAUUCCCUCCUGGAGGGAGGAGGAAGGAGGGAGGCGCUUAGAGGUUCAGGAAGUGAACCGGACAAAUCCGGCGAAAACUGAAACAGGAUUCCCAAGGUCCCCCCCCCCCCCACCUCCGCGUUGUAAAAGCCGUCGACCUCCGGAGUGAGAAGUUCGGGACUGCCUUUGGCCAGGAGUCCUGCGGGGAGCAGCCGAGGCGCAGCUUUGCGGAAUCCUCACCCAAGCCGAGAGAUUGGUCCUUCAGGAAAAACGAACUGAAUUCCCAUUCUACCCAGAAAGUGCCGCGCUUCCUGCUUGACCCCCGCCCGGGCGCCCGCGCUGCGCAGCGCCAAGAACGUCGUGUUGGUUGCUGAGGUAGACAAAACUGGCACAAAGUUCCAGGCUCCGAUCGUUUUAAUGGCAGAGACAGGAGGUGGCAGCCUAAAACCCCGGGCUUCGCGGUACUGAUGAAGUCUCAGGUUACAGCGUGAACCAGCCAGAGAAGCAGCAGCCCGCCCGAGGAACCCAGGCAGGAGGGGGAGAGCGCUGCCGGUGGUCGGGGGCGACUGUCGGGAGCCGUGAAAAGGGAUGAGCACGCCCGGCUGUGCCCCCAGGGACGACGGUGAGGAGAAGGACGAGGACGUGAGUGAACACGGCGAUGUCGACCCGAAGCCCAAAGGCAAGAAAGAGCUGGAGCUGCACGCGAAAAGGGAACCGGACGAAAGGGCCGUCCGCAUCCCCAUCCCGGAAGUGCUCCAGCAGCGGCUGGCGGACGACUGCUACUACAUCAACCGCCGGCGGCGGCUGGUGCGGCUGCCGUGCCAGACCAACGUGGGGGCCAUCCUGGAGUGCUACGUGCGCCACUUCUCGGCCAGCGCGCUGGCCUCGGGGGACCGCCGGCCGCAGCCCCAGCGCGCGGCGCCCGAGAGGAGCGUGGGCCUCUGCCGGGAGAUGGCGGACGGGCUGCGCAUCACCUUCGACCACGCGCUCCCCUUGGUGCUGCUCUACCCCCAGGAACAGGCCCAGUAUGAAAUGGUGACUUCCUCCACCUUCUUCUUUCCCACCGAGGAGAAAGCCACCACCGAUCCGGGCAGGAGCCAGGACGGGCCCUGGCCUGGCCCAUCCACACCGCAGCAGCCCCCGGAGAGCCAGCCCGCCGCGGGGCCGGCCGCCCCCAAGAGGCGCAAAGCGGAGGCGGAAGCGCCGCGGGCUCCCAGGAGGUCCAUGCGACACACCACCCACUGGCAGUCUGAGGACCGGGCCUCGCCCCAGGCCAAGCGCAGUGUGCCCAAGCUGUUCCCGCACUUGCAAAAGACACCUGUGCAUGGCACAUCACCUUCCCCCAUUGCUCUGGCUCUGGGGACGGAGGGGAGUGCUAUGUUUGCUGGCUUUGAAGGGACAAGUGAGGAAAUAAAUGAGGUCCUCUCCUGGAAGCUUGUGCCUGACAAUUACCCACCAGGACACCAGCCACCACCUCCCUCAUACAUUUAUGGCGCCCAGCAUUUACUGCGAUUGUUUGUAAAACUUCCAGAGAUUCUUGGGAAGAUGUCCUUCUCGGAGAAGAACCUGAAAGCGUUACUGAAGCACUUGGAUCUCUUUCUGAGGUUUUUAGCAGAAUACCAGGCUGAGUUCUUCCUGGAGUCGGCAUAUGUUUCCGCCUGUGAGGCGCACUACAGCAGCAAGAACCCCAGGACAAUCUGCUAAAGUUUUGAUGGCUCUGUAAACACAGCUGCUCCACCUGGCUCGGGGGUUUUCUGUUCUAGGGGGGCCCACCCUGGGGGAGGAAGGGCUCAGAGAGAGGGCAGGCUUGGGUAGUGGAGGUGUUCGCAUACUGUAGUUUUCUUGUUGUUAAGAAUGACUUCCUGAGCUGUGUGUGCUUGUCACAGGGAGGUAAAGUGGCUUCGUUAAUUAAAAAACAAACAAACAUGCUAUUGCACAGGCUGUGUGUGACAGCAAGAAGCAGCCACUGCUGUGUUCGAGGGGAACAUUCAUGAAAACAGACAUGGAUUCCGCUGUCAGCCAUCACAGUAGGUUGUUGUUGGCAAGAACCACACUGUGUAGAUAUUUCUUAGCAUUCAAGCGUUUUUGAAGACUUCUAAUGUGAAGAGACUAGAGAACUAGUUCGGCACAUUUGAGUUCAGCACAUGGACACAGGGUCCUCUCAGUGCUUUAGGGGAAAACCAACACUGAGGGCAAAAGAGAAUUCGCAACAUAAGAGUUUGUAACUGUUCCCUUUCUGUGAAAUGUUAUUCCUGGUGAUCUAAAUAAAGCUGGUUUUGUCCUGUUUGAAAUAGUG